UCGUUUAGCUUGCAGUGGUCUGGUAAACUGAUUGGAGUUACGGGAAAACGUUCAAUAAGAACACAGGAGGACACGAGUGGAUUACAGAAAGUGCAAAAACAAACAUAUUUUCCUGAGCUUUUAAUGCUUUUUAUUUGAGCCUCUCUCGCUCACAAAAAACAUUAACACUCUGUGUUGCACCAGGUAAAAAAAAAAAGAAAAGAAAAAAAAACCGGCGGGAAUGGCUUCAUCUCCUUGCAGCAAUAGCAGCUUCGAUUCCGGUCUCGAGAUCAAAACUCGUUCGGUGGAGCAGACACUCAUCCCCCUGGUCUCCCAGAUUACCACCCUCAUCAAUCAUAAAGACCAGCUGAAGAAGUCACAGAAGACCCUGCGGGCCCUGCAGAGCCUCGGUCAGGCGGUCAGCAUGGCGGUGGACCGCUUUGUGACCGUGGGCGAGGCCAUCUCCACUGAGCACCUGGAGCUGAAGGAGGAGAUGAACCUGGCCUGCAGUGAGGCUAGGAGAGCGGGAGACACCAUCGCCCGGCUCACAGAUGUGGCGGGCCCAGAGCAGGUGGUGCUGGAUGGGCAGGACAGUGUCUUCAGCGAUAAGACGGGCAUGGUGAAGGCUGCCAGGAUGCUGCUCUCCUCCAUCACCAAAGUGCUGGUGCUGGCCGACCGCAUCGUCAUCAAACAGAUCAUCACCUCCCGCAACAAGGUGCUGAUCACCUUAGAGCAGCUGGAGAGAGUCUUCACUUUCCAAGAGUUUGUCCAGAUCUUCAGCCAAUUUGGGAACGAGAUGGUGGAGUUUGCACACCUUACUGGGGACAGGCAAAAUGAUCUGAAAGAUGAGAAGAAGAAAGCCCGAAUGGCUGUCGCACGUGCUGUUCUGGAGAAGUGCACCAUGAUGCUCCUCACAGCCUCCAAGACCUGCCUUAGACACCCAGACUGCGAGUCUGCCCGCAUCAACAAGGACGCCGUCUUCGAGCGUAUGCGCUUUGCCCUGGAGCUGGUCAUCCAGAUUGUGACGGACAUGCGGUCGAGCAUGGAUGCUGAGGUCCUGCCCAUCUGUGUCUACUCUGGGAUCAGGGAGUUCAAGGCCAAGGCAGAGGGGCUGCGGGAGGAGCUGUACUGCCUGUCUAGGGAAAGUUUGACAGCCCUGCUGGAGCGUAUUGUGGAGCAAACUGAGGACUUCACAGACUCCGCCUACACCAGCCAUGAGCACAGAGAGAGCAUCCUGCAGCUGUGCCACCAGGCCAGGCAGGAGCUGGGAGAGCUGAACGCUCACUGGGAGUACGCUCAGUCCCUAGGAGCCAACGAGUCCACUGAGGAAAUGGAGAUCAGCAUUCUGAAGACCUGCCACUGUGUGAGCCAACUACGGCAGGAGCUCCACAGGGCAGCAGUGGGGCCUGCGGCAGAUCUGCUGAAGUACCACACUGAGCACACGGUGCUGAAGGCCCUGAAGGUGUGUGGAGGGGAGGGUAACCUGGAGAGUGUGGACGAGUACUCCUGCAGGCUGACCGAGCAGAAGGAGCAGCUGGUUGAGACGUGUCGACUCCUGCGUCACGUCUCAGGGACCGAGCCUCUGGAGAUCACGUGUAUACACGCCGAGGAGACCUUCCAGGUCAUCGGGCCACAGAUCAUCUCAGCAGCGCAAACGCUAGCACUCCAUCCGUCCAGUAAAAUCGCCAGAGAGAACCUGGAGGUGUUCUGCGAGGCCUGGGAGUCUCAGCUCAGCGACAUGGCCAUCCUGCUGAGGGAGAUCAGCGAUGUGUUUGAGGGGCGGAGAGGAGAUAAAAGAACAUAUGUGUCAUUACCACGGCAAGGGAAACAUUUGCCAAACCUGAAGACAACAAAGGCUGUCAAGCUUGAUGCUGAGGAGCAGUCGACUGUAGCUCGGCUGGGCCUGGAACUGAGGCUGCUGACAUCAGACCUGGACUCUGAGACUGAGAAAUGGGAUGACCAUGAGCAUGAGAUCAUCCGUCAGACACAGAGCAUGUCCAGCAUGGCCUACUCCAUGUACCUCUUUACCAGAGGUGAGGGCCUACUGAAGACGACCCUGGACUUAUUCCACCAGGCUGAGGUGUUUUCAGAGGAGGGUUUUCACCUGUGCUCCUCUUUGCAAGCGCUCUCGUCUCAGGUGGGAGAUGAGGAAAAAGAGAUGGUUAUCUCUGAGACAGAGAAGCUGCUAACCUUGUGCCAGCAGCUGCAGGUAUCUGUGAAAAGCAUGGUGCAGGGCAAGAGUGCCACCUUCCUGAAGGUUCAGUCCUCCAUACAGAAUACCAAAGGCAUCCUGGAACUUGUAGUUUUCCUCCUACCUGUCUGCCAAAGGCUUGCCAAAAAGUGUUUGUCAGAGAACAGCAGUCUGAGCUCCCCUCAGAUCUGGAGAGAAAAGCUCCUGUCCAGCACAGAGAAAGAAGGUCCUCUCAACAACAAGAACAGCAGCGGGUUUGGGGUUCAGUCCCUGAAGCAUCACAUGAACAGUCUCACCUUCCUGGAGAGCAAGUAGCCCAGCCCACACACAAAGGGCCCAGACCUGACUGGCAUGUUCACUGUGGGGCGUACCGCUCACUGCCAGCAGAGUGCAGUGUAAUGCACCCGACUGACUUAUUCGUGCAGAAAGGUUGAGAUUACUGGAACUGUUCAGUAGUGUGAUUUAGUGUCCCAGCAACCUGGCAACCUCUGUAUCUAUAGUCCCAGAUUAUUGGCAAUUACAUAAAACAUUUUUUUAAAUAACCUUACUAUUGAAAAGAUUCCAUUUGCAUUGAGCUGAGACUGCAAGUGCAAUUUAGACAGUUUUGUGUGCAUAUGGUCUGCUUCAUGAAACAAUUAUAAAAACAAACCCGAUUCUGAACCAAGAAUACCUGAGAGCAGGUAUUUCUGUCAUACAUGCAUAGAUAGUGAUUAACCCUUGUGUAGUCUUAACAUUGUGUAUACUCCCCUUUGUCCUAAUGGUAAAAAAUGACCCGCCUCCACUAAAGCCCUAAAAUAAAGCAGCUUCAUUGAAUUUUAAUUAAUUAUCUUUUGCAUGAAAAAACAACCUGUCAUUCAUCACAAACUUUGUCAUCAAAUUUCAAGUUGAAAAAAAGAUAAUUUAGGGGGUUUUCUCUGUUGUUAAACAUAGUGGCGGGUUGUUUUUGACCCUUAAGACAACACAAUGGUUCAAAAAUACUGUGACAGUAUUUUAAUUUGUAUAAGCUAGAAGUCAUAUUGGCAUCCUUCUAAGGUAUUUCCCCCUAGAGAGAUUUUGUCUGAAUUGAAAUCAGUUAUAACUUAUUGACUUAGUACAUGUAUGAAUUUUUUAAUAAAUAUAAUUGACUUUUUAAACAUGGGUAAUUGUAUUCCUGCAGCAGAUGAAUAUCUACUGUAUAUGUACUGUAAAGGACAUCAUGCACAAACAUAAUUAAAUGCAGCAAAUUGCUUAAAGUGCCAUGAGUUCGCAAAGAGAAAUGAUUCACUCCCAGCUCAGAGAUAUGCUGUCAACUGGAAACAACUAGGGCCAUUGCAUAAAAUGUUGAAUUAUAACAUAAGAUUUAAAAUUCAAAAGUAUUCAUGAUUAUGUGCAUUAUUAUUGUUUGUGUGAUUGACAUGUUGUACACUGCCAAAUGCAUUCACAAUUAUGGAUUUCCAGUUACAUUAUAACAAAUUACAUAAUAAUGCACACUGCAAGCAAUCAAAAUUUUGAGACUUGGUUGGGAAUUCAAACAUGUAUUAUAAACAUAGUUGUCAUUUUAUUCCUUUAUAAAUUACUGUAUUUGUCCACACAAGAUAAAAAUAUCCCUUUUAAGGGAGCCCUGGUCCCUGUAUUAAAUAUUAUGCUAUAAAGGGAUUCUGACAUUAUUGUAAUAAUCACACCAUUUCAACAUGUAUCCAUGGGUACUAUCAGUCAUUAAUAAAUUAUUCUGCCUAGCACCUGGAGAGAUCCUCUGGUAAACAAAAUCAAUUUCCUUGUGACAAUGCUUAUCAAUACUGUGUAUUUCUGCUCUUUAGAAUGAAGAACAUUUCAAAAAGAUGUUUUACAGUACCUGACAUGUCUCACUGUUAGUCAAGUCUGUUUCUCGCAUGUUUUACAAUACAGUGGUCUUGUAUACACUAAUGAACAAGUCUGUUGUUUUUGAAGAACAUGUUAUAUUGUUAUAUUACAUGCUUAUAUUGUGCUUCUUUCAAAUUUCAAAUAUGAAAUCUUUAAAAUGUAAAAAUAUUUUUUCAAAUAAA